AAUCAGACAACAUACUAUUGACUCAAGGAAAUUUGACAAUACACAAAAGACGGCACUGACGGCACACACUCACACAGAAGGACACAGAUUUGACUUUGGCGGGGUUACAAUAUUGGACGUAGAACAACAUUACAACAGAAGGUUAAUUAGUGAAAUGAUUCACAUCAGAACGCACAACACAGUUAACUUCAGAGAGGAUACUCAACACCUCAGCAAAAUUUAUGAUAGUUUAAUGAAUAAUAAUGGUAGAACUUAGAGUAAUGGUUGGUGGAUGGUUUUUGACUAUAUUUCUCAUCAAAAAUGAAAUUGUUUAAGAAUAGUAUUCUUUAAUCUUUGGAAGGUAGUAGUGCUGUGAUAUAUUUUUAAUGUUGUUAAUAUUCAGAAAACUUUGUAAUGCUCGAAUAACUGUGAUCUGUCGAAAUUAUAUUUGAAGAUUUAUGUAACAUCAUUGUAUUUGUAUUGUUGCCCAAUUGAUUGUUUAUGUGUGUUAUAUUGAUUUGUGGAUUGUUUGUCAAAACCUUUUUGAUUUCUACAUCACACUGUUUUAAUCAUGUUGAUGCGAAUGGCGCUUGGGAGGGCAGGAUUCGGAUGCCCACCUGGAUCACAAACCUUGAGAAAAGAAAAAACAAAAAACAUUAUUCUAUGCUCCAACCUAAAACUUUGUUGUCCGUUCAUAUGUUCACGUACUUCCGAAAGAUAGAGAAAAAUCUCACCAAAUGAGUUGCAAAGUUUUAAAAUUAAUGAUCAUUCUUCCAAAAGCUUACAUGUUAAAUUAAUGAAAAUUCGAGCCUUGAUAAAGGAACAAGUUUGUGUCCGAAACGUCGGCGAAGAUUUAAGGUAAUUUAACAUUCACAAUAAAAGUCCAAAUUCCCGAUAAUUGGUUUUUAUUAUUGAUAACAUGGACGAAAAUCCUGAUACAGAUUUAACCCCUGGGGGAUUAUUUGAACAAAUUAAAGAGAUCUAUGGUAAUGAAGUAUGUUUCCGUUGCAAAAGCAUGAUCAACUUAAAUAAGAAGUUGGCAUCACUGAAAAACAGGCUAAUUUUUCUACUGAGAUGUAGAACAUUGGAAGUUUUCCCUAAUCACAUAAUUAAUAACAUAAGGGAAAUUAACACCUUACAAUUGGAAGAACACCCCUAUGCUCAUUUGGUUGACAGAUGCAUGAGAAAAUUUCGAAAGUCCAUACUAAAUAUAGAGAUUAAAAUAUCAGUUUGGAAAAAACGAGCAGUUAUAGAGAAAAUAAAAAACAUCAAUGAACAACUUAAAAGAGAAAAAGUCUGCCCCAAAAUUAUAGACACCAUUGAAAAUAUGAGCGAAAAAUAUUUCUUGAACACAUUUAAGAAGAUCAAGAGGGCUAACAUAAAAAAAUUUGAAAAACUAGUGGAAGACCAAACACAGCCUUUCAAAGUUACUAAUGCGGACCAACGCAUAAAGAACUAUACUGAUGUUAGUAUCCCUGAAGAAGCGAAGAUUGUCUUGGGACUUGGUCCAAAGCAUGGAAUCGUACCACAGCGAUUGCCGAGGCUGGAGUUGAUCAAGGAUAUUGAAGACUUCGCACAAACGGUCACCAAUAAUGAAGAAGAAAGAAAUUCAAUAAGAAACAGAUGUGUGGGAGUUAUCAACAACUUCAUAAGACAGAAGAAACCAAUAAAUGAUCCACUGAAGAAAUAUUAUAGGACUACAUCCAAAUUUGUGAGAGACCAUCCGAACAUCAUUAUAAGCAACUCUGAUAAGGGUAACACCACCGUACUAAUGUUGAGAGAAGAUUACAUAACUGAAGCUGAAAAAAUGUUAAAUAAUGAGUCAACAUAUAAAAAACUAAAAUCAGAUCCUACUAAAAAAAAAAAAAAACACAAGAUAAAAUUAACAAUUUCUUGA